AUGGCCACCUCCACCGAGCCAUCCACCCCGACUCACCCAGCCCCGUCGAGCUCACAGCCCACCAGCUCGGCGUGCCCCUCGACCGCCAACACGACCGCAGAGCGCAACUCCAAGCCCACCUCGACCUCGUCCUCGUCCGCCCUCAAGCCCGACAACACGGCCACCGCUGCCACCCUCGUCCUGUCCGACUCGUCGAGCGACGUCGAGGGCGCCUCUCCCGCCCACUCGUCGCGCGACACCGACACCGACAUGCGCGACGCGAGCCCGUCCACCUCGUCCACCCGCCGCCAGGAGGCCAACGCCAGCCUCAAGCGCAAGGGCACCGAUGCCUCUUCCUCCUCGGCCCAACCCGCCUCGAAGAAGGCCAAGGCCGCCUCAUCGUCCAAGUCGGGCACCGACAGCAAGAAGGUCAAGAAGGCCGACGAGGACGACAAGCCCAAGGGCGGCGCGGCGCUCGUCGAGCUCAAGGGCAGCAAGCUCGAGUUCAAGCAGAAGGCCGUCGCCAUCAACCUUACCAUGAGCUACCUGGGCGAGAUGACCGCCUUCCUCGAUUACGCCGUCAAGCACCUGCUGUCGUCCUCGGACGCCAAGCUCGACGAGUACCCCAAGGCGCACCACCCUCUCAUCGCCAAGCUCGUGCAUGAGUCGCCCAACAUGCUCGACGGCGUCUUCCGCUUCGUCAAGCGCACGCUCGCGACGUCCAUCGCUGGCGGCAUGAUCACCCUCGCCGACUCGCAGGACGAGAACGCCGCCGAGGAGCUCGACGAGGUCGAGAUCGGCAAGCGUAUCCCGACGGCCCCGCUCAAGGCGCUCAUCGCGCAGCUCGCGACCCGCACCAACUACGGCAUCGCGCUCAACGACGUUGACGACCUGCCCGAGGGCGUCAAGGGCGUGCCCGCCGCGCUCCAGAUCUGGAUCUGGGAGGUCAAGGACGACGACAUGCUCCCGAGCGAGAUGAGGUCGAAGCUCGAGAGGAGGAGGAGGGAGAGGGAGGAGGUCAAGACGGCGGCCGUCGCGCUCUUCCACGCCCUGUCCGAGUCGGAGCAAGCUGCGGUCCUGAGCGGCGAUGCCAAGGCCGGCCCGUCCACGUCCUCGUCGACGACGACCAAGGACAAGGGCGCGGCCAAGGGCAAGGGCAAGGCGGCCGCCGCCGACGAGUCGGACGCCGACAACGAGGGCGACGGCUCGGGCUCGGCGGCGGCGAAGAAGAAGGCCAAGGGCAAGGGCAAGGAGAAGGAGAAGGUCAAGGGCGAGGGCGAGGGUGAGACGGGCGAGGGCGGCACCGAGGUCAAGUGCAAGUCGCACAAGAAGAAGGAGAAGAAGGAGCCGACCGAGGAGGAGAAGCGCGACGCCGAGGAGAAGGCCCGCAUCAAGGCCGAGAAGGAGGCCGACAAGGAGCUCAAGCGCCAGAAGAAGGCCGACGAGGACGCCAAGAAGCUCGAGCGCAAGGCCGAGAAGGACCGCGUCAAAGCCGAGAAGGAGCGUGUUCGGCUCGAGAAGGAGGAGGAGGAGAAGCGCAAGUCCCAGGCCAAGAAGAAGCAGACCAACAUGUUCAGCAGCUUCUUUGUCAAGCCCACGUCGUCGCCGGCGCCCGAAGCUGCUGGUCCAGCCGACUCGCCCAAGCCGGGCAAGCCGCCCAAGAGCAAGGAGUCGGACUUUGACCGCGUCUUCCACCCGUUCACGGUCCGCGAGAAGGUCACGGUCGCGCCCGUCAACGCGUUCCUCAAGGACGACUCGGCCAAGGUCGACGUCGCCCUCGACAGCAUGCCGGACCUCACGCUCAAGGACUCGCUGGCCGAGUUCCUCUCGACCGCAUCGCCUCGCCGCAUCCCUGUCUACGACCCUCACCCUUGCCCGCCCGUCAACGUGCGCCAGUGCGUCGUCGCCAUCAACGACUCGACCCUCACCUCGUCCGACACGACCGUCUACUACUCGCUCCUCGAGGACCGCUCCAAGGUCCGCGUCAAGCUGUUCAAGUUCCACUCGGACGUCCGCCCGGGCUACGUCGGUACCUGGACCAAGACGUCGCACGUCGUCGGUCCGCGCACGCCCUUUGCCCGCGAGACGGCGCUCCUCAACUACGCCGUCGACUCGGACGACGAGUGGGAGGAGGAGGUCGACGACCCGGACGCAGAGGACGUCGGGUCGGACGGUGGAGCGCGCUCGGACGAGGAGGGCGGUGCGGCGGGCACGGGCGCCGAGAGCGAGGCCGACUCGUGGCUCGCCGACGACGACGAGAUCGAGUACGAGGCCGGGUACGACGCCGACGGCGACAUCGCCAUGCUCGACGCCGAGGGGCGCGGGUUCGGCGGCGACGACGACGACAUCAUCGUCGUCGAGAGCGAGAAGGAGCGUCGCCAGCGCGAGCGCGACGCCAAGAAGAAGAAGGUCGAGCGCGAGCGCAAGAAGAAGGAGCGCGAGGCCAAGAGGGGCCCGAUGCUGCCCGUCGCCAAGGGCUUGUGCUGGCAGCACGAUGUCGGCACCGUCGAGGACGUCGUCUUUGAGCCGAUGCGCAUCCAGUUCCUCAACGAUGCCGCGUCCGGCCUCAACCCUUUCACCUGGGUCUCCAAGCCCACCACGGCGCCUGCCGCAUCAUCUGGUGCGCCUGCUUCGUCGAUGCCGAGCUCGACCAAGGCCAAGGGCAAGGAGAACGUCGCCCUCGCCGCCGCAACGCCGGCCGCCUCUUCUACCCUCUCGAGCACGGCCGUCGCUCCCGCCUCAACGACCAAGGCCAACUCGAUCACGCCCGCCACGACCGCGCCGAGCGACGGCGCCGUCAACACGCUCAAGGCCAAGCGCGCGCCGCCCAAGAUGCCGUUCCCGGCCGAGCACCUCGCGCGCUUUGUGCGCCACGUGCACGGCUCGACCAAGUCGCGCAUGGUCCUCGUCGAGCUGUUCGUCGACCAGAUGAAGGACGAGGGCGUCGUCAUCAACAAGAACACGGUCGACGCCAAGUUCCGCGACCUCGGGACCAAGAAGGUCAAGGGCAAGCUGCAAGUCUCCGAGGACGUCUUGGUUCAGGCCGGCGUCAGCCCCGACGAGUGA